AUGAAAAUACCUUGGAUAUGGGCUGCGGGAGCGGUUUUCACUGUCCAGCUUUGUGCUGAAGCAAGGCCUCCAUCCGAUGGGUGCACGAUCCUCCACUCACCCAUUGCCCGCAACGCCACCCUCACAUACAGAAGAGUGCCUCCAGGAAUCUGCGCAACCAGCUCUCCUCAUCAAAAGCAAUACACGGGCUAUAUUUCUCUGCCACCAUUUACGCUGCAUCCGGUGCAACAAAACUACACAAUCAAUACAUUCUUCUGGUUCGUGGAGGCCAGAGAAAAGCCUGAGGCGGCACCCUUGACAAUCUACCUUAGCGGAGGGCCGGGGCUUAGCAGCAUGCAGGGUUUAUUCCAAGAAACAGGCCCUUGCGAGGUGGUUCAACUUUCUAAUAAUAAAAUCGGAACCAUUCCCCGUGAAUGGGGCUGGGAUCGGAGUUCACACAUGCUCUACAUUGAUCAACCUGCGCAGGUGGGAUUCUCGUAUGAUACGCUAAAAGAAGCAUCAUUGGAUUUCUUGACGGGGAAUUUCAUUUCGCCACCAAUAGACCCACCUGCGAGUCGUUCCCAGACAUUUCGCAAAGGUAUCUUCAGUUCCAAUGACGCCGAGAUGACGGCGAGCACAACAGAGACAGCAGCGAAAGCAACUUGGCAUAUGCUACAAGUAUUCUUUGCGGAAUUCCCAGUAUACAGAGCUCGCCAGGGAGUUGCAGAGGUUAACUUGUUCGCCGAAAGUUACGGUGGCAAAUAUGGACCGGCAUUUGCUGCGCAUUUCCACAAGCAGAACGAGAAGCGCGAAAGGGGAGAGAUCUCCAGGUGUAAAUCGGUGGACAUUAAGGUCAAGACGUUGGGAAUCUUGCAGGGAUACAUUGACGAUUUGGUACAGAAUCCAUAUUUCUCGCUCUUCGCAUAUAACAACACGUAUGGACUGCGUGUGAUGUCCUUGGACGAUGUGAAGGCGAGUCAUAAGAAGUUCCAUCAACCGGGGGGGUGUAAGGAUAAAGUCAAGGCCUGUCGCGAAUCUGUCCGACUCCACGACCCCGAAAACGCCGGUGAUGUGAGCAUUGUUAACACUGCUUGUGUGCAAGCAACUAUUGCUUGCAAUGGAGAAUUGAGCAGCGUAUACCUAAAAGUAGGACGAAGUCAAUACGACAUAGCACAAGGUGUUCUCAACCCAGUACCCCCAUUGACAUAUCUCGAGUACCUCAAUAUGCCAGAGGUUCAAAGCGCAAUUGGUUCUCGGGUCAAUUUCACAGAGUCCAGCAGCACUGUGUUCGAUGCGUUCCUUAACGCUGGUGACUACAGUCGAGGCGAGUACACCUCCACCCUUGCUUCGUUGCUCGACAGUGGUGUACGAGUCGCCCUCAUAUACGGCGAUCGCGACUAUAUCUGCAACUGGUUUGGUGGGCAGGCAGCGUCGUUCGCCAUUGCAGCCGCAUCAAGGUCGUCCUCGCCGUCUUAUAUUGCGAACUUCAAUUCUGCAGGCUAUGCUCCGCUGAUCGUAAAUACGAGCUAUACGGGUGGAGUGGUCCGGCAAUUUGCAAACCUCUCGUUCGCACGUAUCUACGAUGCAGGCCAUUUCAUCCCGUACUAUCAGCCCGAAGCGGUUUUCAAGCUAUUCACUCGGAUCAUUGAAGGGAAGAAUCCAUCGACGGGCGAGUCAAUCCCCAACAUAUCAGCAUUCCAAACAAAAGGCGAUGCAAACUCCACGAAGACAAACUCUCUUCCCGCACAAGCCAGACCGACGUGCUACCUCCGCAAAGCGCAGGAUACGUGCAGUCCCGACCAAAUUGAAAAAAUGAAGGCGGGAAAGGGGUACGUCAUUAACGGGAUAUGGCACGAAAAUAAGCGCGAACGGGCCAUCCAAGGGUAAGACGCAAACCGAGAAAGUAGCUCUUGGGCAACAAUGGCAGCCCCGACUCCUUGUGACAAUUGUGAGAUCCGUGUGUCCGUGCAACGAUAUGCCGCGGAGUUUGUGUGGGAUGCUCUGUUGGCGGAAUCAAUGCGAAAGUAGUUUUUAAUAUAGUUUUCUUCUGAUAAUGGAUAUUGACAAGACCUAGUUUCUUUUUCG